ACUUAAUUUUUGUCCUUUCGUCUAUUAUAUUAUAAAUGAAAUAAAUCUUUAGGAAGGUGAUUGAAUGUCAUUAAUUUGAUUAAAAGUAAAUACAGUUGAGUAAAUGAUUUUGUUGUUUGUUACGCUUUCAUGACUAUUAAUUUAACAUUGAAGGUCUCAUUUCAUGUUUACACCUUUCCAACAAAACAGUUUGUCAUUGUUACAAUCAAAUCACAAUUUUUAAGGUUAACGUAUGAAACUAUUUGAGUAUUAAUAGUAUGAUUAAAGAUGAAGUUAAAAUCAAAUUAUCUAAACAUCGGUUUUUGGUCUUAACGAUCUACUGUUUGACCUGUUUACAUACAAACUCCCAAUGGACGCAGUACCAAGUGAUUGCGGACAUUUUAAGGCCUUACUUUGGCGCUUCUAACACGGAUAUCGACUGGACAGUGACUCUUUGGUGUCCAGUUUAUUUAUUAACAUGUUUCAUCUCAGCUUAUUGUUUGGAUGUAUUUGGCCUCCGUUUUUGUAUGAUUUCGGCAUCGGGAUUUAAUUUCAUUGGAACCGCAAUCAAAUAUUAUUCAAUCGUCUAUCCUAAUUUUCUGAUCACUUGUUUAGGCCAAUCAAUUGUCGCUGCUGGUCAAACUUUUCUUGCUUUUCUCCCGUCAAGUAUUGCAUUGACUUGGUUCCCUGCAGAAGUGGCCUCGACCAUAACGGCGAUCGCUAUUUUCCCGAUGUUCUUUGGUAAUGGAUUAGGUUAUUAUCUUCCAUCUCUCGCUGUUCCCGAUGGAUCUUCACCAAGUGUCCAAAAAAUAGACCUUGAACGUUUCUUUUUCUACUACGCUUUGAGUGGGUUUUUAUUAUACUUUCUGAAUUUAUUUCUGGUAAAAAAUCAGCCCGAAUAUCCGCCAAGUUUUGCCUCGGCUAAAGCAGCAGCUGAGAGUACGGAAUUCAUUGAAUCAUGGAAAGUGAUUCUUACCAAUCGAGUCUCUAAUUUUAUAUUAAUCACUUUUACUUUUCUUCAAACACUGGCCAAUGUUGUCCUUGGACUAUUAAGUCCAAUGAUUAGUAAAUAUUUUCCAAAUCAAAACAUCCUGAUCGGUAUAAUCGGUGCGAUUGCUUCUCUUUCAAGUGUAUUCGGUUCGCUAAUAUUGGCCUGGGUAACCGAUAAAACGAGAAAGUAUAAAUUGGUAACUUUGAUUAGCUCCAUUCUUAUGGUUCCAUUAUUUGGGUUAUUAAUUUAUUCCCUAGAAAUGGGAAGCAAAUUGUUUGUAACAAUCGUGGUCACUUUAUUAGGCUUCUUGUUAGCAGGAACUUACCCAAUAGGAAUGGACUUCAUUGUCCAGGCCAAUUAUCCAAUGUCCGAAUCAGUUUGUGUCACUCUAAUGAUGUUUUCUAACCAAUUGAUCAGUUGGCCAGCGACAGUUUUAGUUUCGCAUCUUUUACAAUACUACAAUUUGUAUUAUGCUUUUUCUCCGUUUCUAUUAAUGCUUGUAAUUGCUUUGAUUACUGUUCUUUUCACCAAAGAUCAACUUAAUCGAGAUAAAGCAAAUUUAGAAAUAACAUAAUGAAAAAUUGUACAAUGUAUUUGAAUAAACAAUUGUAAAC